AUGAUGAACAAUACAAAGUCUCGCAAGUCGCUUCUCAUCAAGUGUGCCAUUGGUGCAACGGCCAUUUUGCUCUUGUUGUAUGCUCUUGUACCAACCGAUCGAUACCAACAUAUCACCAACUCUAUCAGCAAUAAUACUGAAAAUCCAGCAACCGCAACAACUAAUCCCACAGUCGAUCAACAACAACCCACUCAGGAAAAGGAAACAGCAUUGGAAGAACAAAACCAGUCAACAGCCACAGAUGGAUCAUCGUCUUCUGAACAUUGCACCAACCCACAUCCAGGACGACCACUUAUCCAAUACGCCUUGAUGAUUGAUGCCGGUUCUUCUGGAUCACGCAUUCAUGUAUAUCGUUUCAACUAUUGUCGAGAGGAACCUGAACUUGAAGAUGAAGUCUUUUAUCCUAUCAAGCCUGGUCUUUCAUCGUACGAGAACGAUCCCGACGCUGCAGCACGCUCUUUGGAUGAAUUGAUGAAGGUGGCUCUUGACAAUGUGCCCACCGAUUUACAUCAUUGUACACCUAUCAUGCUUAAAGCAACAGCAGGUCUUCGGUUGCUAGGUGAAGGCAAGAGUAAAGCCAUCUUGGAAGCUGUACGUGCACGUCUCGAAAGUCAAUAUCCUUUCCCUAUUGCUGGUGGUGAUCGAGGUGUUGAAAUCAUGGAUGGCAAAGAUGAAGGUGUCUAUGCAUGGAUCACUGUCAAUUAUUUACUCGGCAAGCUCAAAAAGGAUCAACGUGGCAAAUCAGCAGCUGUUUUUGACUUGGGUGGCGCAUCAACCCAGAUUGUGUUUGAACCAACAUUUGGACAAAAUGAUCAAAUGGCUGAAGGAGAGCACAAGUAUGCACUUACUUAUGGCGAAGAUCAGUACACCUUGUAUCAGCACUCGUAUCUUGGAUAUGGAUUGAACGAAGCACGUAAACGCAUCAAGGCUGAGAUGGUGGAAUUAUGGAAGGAUGAAGCCAAGCGUGCAGGACGUGUCUAUCACCCUUGUCUUCCUGAUGGCCAUACCGAAACGUGGGAGGAUGUCGAUGGAAACAAGACAACACUUGUUGGUACAGGCGCAGGUCAUGCUGAAUGCCGUGGUAUUGUGGAACGCAUCUUCAACAAAGACAAGAGCUGUGUCGUUGCACCUUGUGCAUUUGAUGGCAUGUAUCAACCUCCUAUCAGCGACACCUUUACUGGCCGCGAGUUGUACGUGUUUUCAUUCUUCUAUGACAUGACACAGCCAUUGGGAAUGCCAUCCGAAUUUUCAGUUGAGGAACUUGGUGAACUUGCACAACGUGUAUGCAGUGGCGAAACCCAAUAUUUCCAACACUUCCCUGGUUCACUUGAAGCUCUCAAAGACGACACCGAUUAUUGUCUCGAACUUACUUAUAUCCAUGGCUUGUUACGCAUCGGCUACGAUAUUCCUCCAGAACGCCUUGUAAGAACCGCCAAAAAGAUCCAAGGCGCUGAAACAGGCUGGUGUUUGGGUGCCUCGAUUGCAAUGAUGGAUGAAGCCCAACUCUGCCAAGUUGCAUAG